AUGUCAAAUAAACCAAAUAAAAAGUUAAGUAAUUCAAUAAAAUCAAGAGGUGAAUUAUUAGAAUAUGAAAAUGAAUAUUACGAUAAUUUAAGCAAAAAGAUAAUGCGUUCUCGCCGGACUAAAAUAAUAGCAACAGUGAAUUAAAAUAACUAUAAAUCAUAUGAAUAACUCCGAGAAAUAUACAAAGCCGGAUUAAAUUCUUUUUUAGUAAACAUGGCCUAUUGUUCUACAAAAUUCGUCUCAAAUGUAUCCUAAUGGCGUCAGAGAUUAGAAGAUGAAUUUAAAACAAAAGUUCCUAUAAUAUGUGUAUUAAAAGGUAAUUUAAUAAGAAUAGGAUAAUUAAAACAGCCAGAAAUAUAUUUAAAAUAAGGAUAAGAAUAUAGAUUUAUAAUAAAGAAAAAAAUAAUAGGUGAUAGUAAUAUAUGUACAAUAAGUGAUUAAAAUAUAAUGAAGAAAAUCGGAAUAGGUGCUAAAAUAAUAAUAGAUUAUGGCCAAGUAGCUUUGACAGUAUUGAAAUAGGAAAAAAGUGACAAAACAUUAUAAAUUUUAUAAUAAAAAUAUGGAUAUGGCGAAGAAUUUCCAAAAGAAUAAUAAUCCAAAAAUAAAUCAUAAAAUUUAAUAGUUUAAUAAAUGUAUUUAAAUUCAUGUUCUUCUACAUCUGAAUCUGAAAUCUAUACAUAAAAAUAGGUCAAUUUAUCAUAAGAAGAUGUCGAAACGGAAAAUAAAUUUGCAGAAAAAUUUAAAUAAUUAAGAAAAAAUUCUAAAGAAAAAACUUAUGAGGUUAUAGUCUGUUAAGUAGAUGGUGAUUGUAUUAUUAAAUCUUACAAGCCUAUUUUUAUCUAUAAAAAUAGAGAUGAAACUGAAUAAUUAUUUUAUGAAGAAAAAAGAAAAAGAACAUAAAAUAAUAAUAAAAUGUUUAAAUCAAUAGAUUAUCAAAAUUUAUAAGUUGAUAAAUAAAGUGAAGAAUAUGAUGAUUUCUUUGAAUAAAUUAUUUAACCAAAAGACAUUUAUGAUAUAAACAAUGCUCUAAAUAACGAACUGGAUUGCAUAUGUGUAUCAAAUGUGUAAACAGCAGAAGAUAUAAUAAAUGUAAAAAACAUUAUAGGAUCUAAAUCUAUAAAAGUAAUUGCAAAAAUACAAAACUUAGAAGCUAUAUAAAAUUUUGAUGAAAUAAUGCAUGUUUGUGAUGGAAUUCUAAUUGCUCGUGGUUAUUUAACAAUUCAUAUUCCUGUAGAAAAAUUACAUUUUAUUUAAAAAUAAAUGAUUUAGAAAUGUAACUCUAAAUUAAAGCCUGUUUUAGUUUCUUGUAAUAUUCUUGAUUCUAUGGUUUCUUCAUUAUUACCUUCUACAUGUGAAGUAAGUGAAAUUUCUAAUUUAGUUUCCGAUCAUAUAGACGGUUUUAUUUUGAGUGGCGAAACUAGUUACGGAAUGUACCCUAUAUAGACUAUUCAAACACUUUCUAGAACCUGUAUGGAAACUGAGGCUAGAUAAAUUUCAAAAAAUAACUUCUAAAUGAAUAAUUUGUUUUCAGGAAUUCCGCCUACAUUAAUUAAUUGUAUUGUUAAAUGUACUUUAUAAGCUGCUUAUAAUAUUUAAGCUAGUCUUAUUAUGGUUUUCACAAGUUCAGGAAGUACUGCUCUUAAAAUAUCUAAACUUAGGCCUCCUUGCCCAAUUAUUGCAGUCACUAUUAAUAAUAAAGUUGCUAGAUAUAUUAAUUUGGUAUCUUCUAUUAGAAGCUUUACGUUUAAUUCUUUGGAAGGUACCUUAAAUCUUAUCGAUUAAAUAUUGGAUGAUUUUAAGGAAUAAGAAACUAUUAAAAUAGGAGAUUUUAUUAUUAUUACUUCAGGAGAAGUUGAAAAUCUAUCGGGAACUACAAAUAAUUUAAAAAUUUUUUUAUAUUAUUUCUAAAAUAAUAUCCUCUAUUUACCUGGUUUUCAAAAUUAUCCAAAUACAUCAUAUAUAUAAAAAAUAUACUUUUCAGUAAUAUAAGGGUUACCAAAAUCAUAAGACGAAAAUCCAGAAGGAAGUAGAAACCCAAAAGAUGUUAAUAUAGAUUAUGAAGAUAUAAACAUUUAAGCAAGUGAUGGAAUUAAACUACAUGGAUGGAUUUGUAAAAAAUAGAACAGUUUAUAACAUCCUACAGUUGUAUAUUUUCAUGAAAACGCUGGAAAUAUUGGAACAAGAAUAUAUUAUUUGUAAAAGUAUUAUGAAUUGGCUGAUAUAAAUAUAAUUUUAAUAGCAUAUAGGGGUUAUAGUAAAAGUCAAGGAACUCCAAAUGAAGAGGGAAUAAAAAAGGAUUCAAAAGCUAUUUUGGAACAUGUUUUUAGUAGAAAAGAUUUAGAUACAAAAAGAAUUUUUAUUCACGGAAGAUCAUUAGGAGGAGCUGUUUCUAUAUAUGCGGCAUCAUAAUUAAAUUAUAAUAUAAAAGGUAUAAUUCUAGAAAAUACAUUUACUUCUAUUGCUGAUAUGGUAGAUUGUAUAUUUCCUUUCUUAAAAUAUAUAAAAUAAUUAAAAUAUCGUUUAAUUAAAAAUAAAUGGGAAAGUAUUAAAUUGAUUGAUUAAAUAAAAAAUCCUAUUCUUUUUAUUUCUUCUAUGAAAGAUUAAAUUGUUCCUCCUUUCUAAAUGUCAAUUUUAUAUGAAAAAUGCAAAACCAAAGCAAAAUAUAUUUAUAAAAUUGAAGAAGGAGAUCAUAAUGACAAUUGGACAAUAGACCCUUAUAGUUAUUUUUAAGAAAUAUAAUAAUUUAUGAAAAAAUGUAAUAAUUGA